AUGGCGACUGCAGUCUCUUAUAAUUUAAGAAGUCCAGCCGUUAAGAGGCUUUUGCAAGAAGCUCGCGAAUUACAACAAGAUAAAUGUAGUGAUUAUAAUGCUCAACCCCUUGAGGAAAAUCUUUUUGAAUGGCAUUUUGUUAUCCGUGGACCCGAUGGUACAGAAUUUGAAGGUGGAAGAUAUCAUGGACGUAUUCUCUUACCAUCAGAAUAUCCAUUCAAACCACCAAAUCUUAUGUUGAUGACUCCAAAUGGACGAUUUGAACUUAACAAGAAAAUUUGUUUGAGUAUUACCGGAUAUCAUCCGGAAUAUUGGCUACCUGCUUGGGGAAUCCGUACCGUCCUUUUAGGAUUACUUGGAUUUAUGACAACGAAAUCGAAUGGAGCGAUUGGUGGUAUCGAUUACUCUGAAUCAGAGAGAAAAAUUUUAGCACAAAGGUCUAGGAAUUGGAAAUGUAUCACAUGUGGCUUGACCAAUAUCGAGACUCUGCCAGAUGACAAUAAUAAAAGUGUAGUUAAUAACGAUUCAGAUAACAAAAGAAGUCAACUCAAGCCAAUUCCAGCAAAAAUGGAAAUUCAUCACAUUCGCAACCCGAAAUAA